AUGAGGUGGCCCGUACCCGUGCCCCACCCUCUAUCACACUUCCCCUCCUCCUCCUCCUCCUCCUCCUCCUCCUCCUCCUCCUCCUCCUCCUCCUCCUCCUCCUCCUCCUCCUCCUCCUCCUCCUCCUCCUCCUCCUCCUCCAACCCCUAUUCACCCCGACCCCCCCCACCUCCCCAGAUCAGCGGCCCUUCCCCCAACCCUCUACGCCUGCCCUCUUCCCCCUCCCCCUCAAACCACCAGCAGCUGGCGGAAAGGGGAGGGGGGAAGACGGGGGGGGGAACGGUGGGGGAAAGUACAAGGAAAUUGGGGGAGACGAGUAAACUGGGAAGUGGUGGGAAAACGGGCGGAAAAAAGGGAGGAAAAAAGGGAGGAAAAGGGGGAGGAAAAGGGGGCGGGAAAGGGGGAGGGAAAGGGGGAGGAAAAGCGGGAGGGAUAGGGGGAGGGAAAGGGGGAGGGAAUGGGGGAAAUGGUGGGGGGUAUGAUGACGGGUAUGGGGAUGACAACGGGGGGUGGGAGGAAACACCUAUUGAUGAUGGGAGCUGGGAUAACGGCGCCUCCCCUCCCCCCUCUUCCCGCCGCCAACCUCCCUCCCGCAAGCCUUCCCCCUCCCCCAAGCGUUCCCCCUCCCCCAAGCGUUCCCCUUCCCCCAAACGUCCACUUCCCCCAAAACUUCCGCCCUCCCCCAGACGCCCACCACCCUCCCCUCGCCGCCCACCCUCCCGCGCCCCUCCCUCCUCCCGCAUACAGCCUCCCUCCCCCAGACGUCCGCCCUCCCCCAAACGUUUCCCCUCCCCCAAACCUCCCCCCUCCCCCAAACGCACCCCCGCCCCUCGCCGCCCACCCUCCUCCCCUCGCCGCCCACCCUCCUCCCCUCGCCGCCCACCCCCCCGAUCACGCCCUCCUUCCCGUGGCCAUCCCCCGUUGCCCGGGCGACCUCCAUUUCAAAACGUGUGUACGCACAUGCAGUGUGCGGGGAAGGCCAAGUGCCGCGCGCUGGGAGGCACUGCCAAGUGCGUGUGUGAACGGCCGUUCCUCACAGCCAACCGCACGUGCGUUGACCCCUGCACAGUGACCACGUGUCCGGUGUAUAGCGACUGUCGGGUGGUGGGCAGGAGUGUGCGGUGUGUGUGCUGGGCGGGGUUCUACCAGAAGAAGAGGGCGUGCAUAGACCGCUGCCAGCUGUGCCCAUCCAACACUGUGUGCAUUCACCUGACACGCCGGGCCUUCACCUGCGCCCGCCCUGUUGCACGCAGACGCACACUAGAGCAUGCAAGUGAGUCGUAUGCGCUCAUGCAUGUGUGCGUGUGUGUGUCCUUACCCUCUUGCACGCAGACGCACACUAGAGCAUGCAAGUGA